AUGAAAAUAACUAAAACACUUUUUUCAUUAGCAUUUAUACAUGGACUAAAGGAAGCAUUUUUCCUUAUCCUUGCCCCUUUCUUGCCAGAGCAAUUUGAGAAGAAAGGAAUCUCAUCAAUAUACUUCACUCCUCUUUUUGUGUAAUUCAUUGUUUGCUUAUAAUUAAAGGUCUUAUACCGUGGCUUCAUUCUUUACUGCCCUAUUAAUUGGAAAGUAUCAAUCAAAACUGGGAAGAAUCAAGAAGGUGUGGUAUCUUAGCUUGAGUUUGCUUCAGGUUGGGGAGGAGUCCUUGGAUUCAUUAUCUCAUCUUUCUUAUCAUAUGUUAUUGGCUAUUAAGGACCUUUUAUUUUUUCAAUAUUCUAAUCCUUUUUGAUUAAGUUUAUUCCGAGAACACAUAAUUCCUCAGAAUAAUUGACAGCAAGAGAAUUAAUAGCAUAAAAACUGAAAGAUCUUGCUUUCAAUCAGUCAAUGGUUUUGAAUAGACUAAAGUCUUUGAGUUUUGAAUAAAGUUACAAUAAAAAUGAAUUAAAAUUGGAAGACAUUGAAAUGGAUGAUUUUGAAAUUAAAAAAAAAUCAGGAGAAAAUAGUGAAAAAUCGAGCUCUGGAUCAUCAUCCUCUGAAAAAAUAGAUAUUUCACCAUAUAUUGAAGAUGAGGAAUUAGACUAAGCAUUUGAUAUUAAAAUAUAGGCAGAAACUUAGAAGAAGAGUGAAGUAAGUUACUUCGAUAUAUUCAAAUCUAAGUUCGGAAUAUUUGCUGCAAUAGAUAUAGUGAUUUGCUGCUAGAUAUUCACUUUCACUGACACAGUGAUGCCUUAUUAUUUAGAGGAAAAUUUCAAAUAUAGUCCUAGUAUUGUUAGCUUAAUUUUUGCAUGCCAAAACUUUGCUCUCAUGAUUACUUGUUUCCUUGUGCCUAAGUUAACCAAGAAAUAUAAUCUAUUCCUAUGCAUUAUCAUUGCUUAAAUAGUUUAAGGUUUUGGUGCAUAACUAAUAGGACCUUCAGAGUUUCUCAAAAUUCCUAAUCACAUAUCAGUCAUGAUUAUUGGACUAAUGAUAAAUGGAAUGGCAACAAAUCUAAGUAUUAUUCCUCCAUACAAAUAACUAGAACUUUGUCUGUUAAGUCAACAAGGUAAAAAUUAUGAUCAUGAAAAAGUGAAAGAUGCAGUUUCUGGAAUAUUUAAUGCUUUAUAUGAUCUUGGGUCCACAUUCGGGCCGAUAUUUGGAUAUUUUCUGACAGAAGCUACUGAUUUUAAAAUGGCUGCAAAUAUCCAUGGUUAUAUCUUAAUAUUUGUCGCCACAAUGUAACUAAUAAUUGUAUAUAUCCCCUAGAAAUUAGAGGAAAAAAGUUCCAUCAAAAAUAAUCAUAAAAAGUAAUCAUGA